GGGGGGUCUAUUAUAUGGCUGUCACCACAAUCAACUGUCACACGGCAGAAAAGGGCGGACAUGGAAGUGUAGCUGCUACUUAGCUCAUCUCAACUCAACUUCUAUCAGUUAAACUUUUACUGCAGUAGGCUACUACUCAGGUGUUUUGUAUUUUACGCAUGCAGAAUAUUUCAUUUUCAUGAGUUCUAAGAAGUUUAUAUAACGAAGCUAAACUAAGGGGAACGAGUUGUUUGAAGUAAAGUGUUGUGAAAGAAUACUGUCAGGAUGCCCCGACCAGGGAGGAACACGUACAGCGACCAGAAACCUCCCUAUUCCUACAUCUCCCUCACCGCCAUGGCCAUCCAGUCCUGCCCGGAGAAGAUGCUCCCUCUCAGCGAGAUCUACAAGUUCAUCAUGGACAGGUUCCCUUACUACAGAGAGAACACCCAGCGGUGGCAGAACUCCUUACGACACAACCUGUCCUUCAACGACUGUUUCAUCAAGAUCCCGCGGCGUCCGGACCAGCCCGGGAAGGGUAGCUUCUGGGCUCUGCACCCCAGCUGCGGGGACAUGUUCGAGAACGGGAGCUUCUUGCGGCGCCGUAAACGGUUCAAGGUGAUGAUGAUGAUGGCGCAGGAGCACCUGGCUCAGUCCAAGCAGUCUGACGCAGCCCAUUAUCUAAGGCUUAGCGCCCUGGCUGCCACCGGCACACACCUCCCUCAGAUGUCCAGCUAUAACUUGGGAGUGUCACAGCCAUCAACUUUUAAACACCCAUUUGCUAUAGAGAACAUCAUCGCCAGAGAGUACAAGGUUCCCGGGAGUCUGGCGUUCUCCACCAUGCAGUCGAUGUCUGCAGGCUACCCGCUGCACAACCAGUUGACUACGGCCUGGCCUCACAUGUACAACACUAUGGUGGACCCUGUUUCUCCUAUCUCUAUGAGCGGUGACUACGUGGCCUACCGCAUGCCUCUUAAAUCUCUGUGUCACGGAGGACAGACCCUACCCGCCAUUCCGGUGCCCAUCAAGCCCAACCCGACCACGGUAGGUCUCUCGGCGGGGCUGACGCGACACACAUCCGCCUUCCUUUCGAACUCUCCCCAAUCUCUGAGCCCCACCUCCCCGCAGACAGACACCAGCCAAAGCAGCCCCCCUACUCCCAGGGAGACUCACACCAACCCGACACUGCAGUCCGUGGCAGUGCACUAACAUUAAGAACUCUACAGAACUCUUUAUAAACUAGACCAGCAGGCUCAAACCAAAUCCAACGUUUAUUUUGACUUUUGCCGCUGACAUCUUGGGCUGAGAAUAACUACAAUUAAUUAAGGCAAUAGACUUCCGUGCUGCAGUGUAUUUUGAUGUCGGUGUUUUGCUAUGAAUGCUAAUUGUCUUCUAACAUGGUUCCAGCAGAGAGAUAGUGAAAUAUUGCUGUUCAACUUAAAAGGUAUUCGUUGUGUCAGUUUUAUCAGUGUGUUUUGUAAAUUAGUGAGGCAAUGCAAACAGCGGCUGUCAGGCGCAUGAAAUAUAUUUACUUUGAUUUAUUUCUGCUAUCUAUGUAAAAAUAACUAAGUGAAUUGUGAUGUUUUUUUCAAUCUUAAAAAAUAGUAAGGGGAACUAUAGGGUCUUUACUAAAUGCAAAAUAAAUAUGUGAAUAAAUGUGAAUAAUUCCAAAUAAGUUGAUAUGAAAAUGUUGUAAAAUACACUUUUUAGUUAAACGUUUUAGAUAUCUAUUUUGCAGUAGCUUUUCUGUGAAGCUGUAGUGUAAAGCCAUUUAAAACCAUGGUGAUAUACAUGUGAUUAAAAUAUGUAACUGUUGACUUUUCUAUGUUAAUGAAAAAGCAUGACUGCUUUUGAAAAGUGUUCAUAUAGUCUGCAAUGAAUUAGAAACUUGGUCAUCAAAAUAUUUUCUCAUUAAAAUAGUGUAAACAUUAUAACGGUUGGUGUAUUCUGUGUAAAUAGUGUAAACAUUAUAAUGGUUGAUGUGUAAACAUUAUAAUGGUUGGUGUAUUCUGUGUAAAUAGUGUAAACAUUAUAAUGGUUGAUAUAUUCUGUGUAAAUAGUGUAAACAUUAUAAUGGUUGGUGUAUUCUGUGUAAAUAGGGUAAACAUUAUAAUGGUUGAUGUAUUCUGUUAACAGACGGAAUAAUGCUGUUAUCAUGCACCUACUGAUUUACAACUGGGAAAACUUCCAGACAGAUAUCCUUAUGGCAUGAUGAUAAUUAUUAGUAUUAUAUAUUAACAACAAUACAACUUUUUGAUUUCAAUAUGACUCUUCACUUUCUAAUAUUUAAUUUAUUUCCAUUACAAAUAUAAAGUAAAUCAAAUAAUGUUUACAUAAUCAUGAAUAUAGCUCAAUAUGGUAUAUUGCUGUGUAUUUCAGUGUCUAGACCUGAGUACAGAACGCGGUGUACAGUGUAUAGGCUACACCAGAACCCUCGUCGCGCCGCUCCCACAGGAGCAGUCAGAACAGAACUUUGGAACUGCUGAAUCAGAAUCAGAAUGCGGGUGAUUAGAAUGCAUGGAGGUACUGCCGUAGUCACAGCGCAGACAACCGGCCUCAUUCAUUCAGCUACACACUAAUAUACCCUCAAUAAAUGAAGUAACACACGGAGAUGGAAUACAGUUACAUUAGGCUAUAUAACACCAUGCGAUUUGCUUCUGACUUCCAAAACGUAUCAACAAAUGAACAGAGUAGGUCUAGCACAUUAUAAAAAUCGUAAUUAUCAUAUAAGAAAGGUUAACAUUCAAUGCAGUUUUUAUGUUUUGCAUUGACAAAACUGCUAACCAUUUUGCACAAGUUAAUUUGAAUUGGACUUGUUUAAGCCAUAUAUUACAUAGCUGACAUUGAUAGUAUGGAUAGCCUAACAAGACAAUUUUAGAAAUUAAUUUACAAUCAACGAAAUGCAUGUGCAUUUUUUCACAAUGCAAUAAUCACAGCAGACAAUAUGUUUUAUCUCUAUUUAUUUAAUUGUUUCUUAUGUAUUUUUGUAUAAUCCGAAAUAGCCUAUUUAUAUAUCCACGUGUGAAGUUGUCCUUAAGUGUGCUACGUUGAUAGCUUAUAUGUUGAAUUGUAUUUUUAUUUAUAUUAAAAUGCAUCAUUCAGUGUCAGUGACAUCAGGUGCUGUGAAAGAAAUAGCCCAUCUCGGCGCAUUAAACAAAUACUUUAGAAUUCUGUCACUUUCUCCAAUUGACUAGAUCAAAUACCGCCUUCUAGCCACUUCAUUCUCUCCAUUCACUCAAUAGAAAGAGCAAAGAAUUGCAAACUUCGACUGGGCCACCAAUGUAGAUUUAGCCUUUUUUCGAGUAGACAAAAAGACUGAUUUCUCACAGACACAUUGCUGACUGGGGAACUGGGAAACGGGCUCAGAGACCCCUUUGGAAUUUAAAUCCACCCCUCCCCUCCUCCUGACCAUGUUUGCCCAUCAGUGCUCUGGGUUUCCCGUUCUUGCAUUGUGUGUAUUGUAUUCAUGUUUACUCCGGGUGAU